AUGGAGGAAUGCGGGGCCAGCGGGUUCGAUUUUAUUGCCUACCAGCCCAAGGGGAAGCAACGGGAUGACGUUCGGUCCAGGAUUCGAAGCCAUGCGAUGAAGGCUACGAGCGCAAGUCGUCGAAGACAGAAUCAAGUUGACGUCAAACUCCCCACUGAAGCCCCAGGUAUAGACAUGCGUCACUGCCUCCAUCACCCCAUCCCGACCUUCGCCUUAGAAGUUACGAAAAUCGCGGAGUACGGGCUGGAUCCUAUCGACCUCUCUGCAUUGACGUCGAUCCAUUUGGGUAUUAGAGCAUCUACCAUACUCCGAACAGAGUCAACUCUAUCAAACCUAUUAGUCUGCCGACAGCAGUCCUACUUCUCGUUCAUCCCAUCACGAGUUGGACAAACUGAGGCGCUCCAUAAUGCAUUUCAAUGUCUUCGCACCGUUGCGCAUUCGACCCUCGCUCCAUCUCGUAAGACAAGUGAUGAUCUGAUAAUGAAAGAUUAUGGGAAAGCUCUGCGUAGCCUUCAAUGUGCCAUAGACGACGAGAUGAAUAGAUACACUGCAGAGACACUGUGUGCAAUAGGGCUAUUGGCAAUCUUUGAGGUGUUGAAUCCCACCACAGGGCACAUGUGGAGUCGACAUAUUUCUGGGGCUUCACAGCUCAUACAAGCAAGAGGGCCAUCUGGAUUUACUUCCGAGUUCGACAAGUCGUUGAUAACCGCGUUGGUUUACCCAAUAUGUAUUGAAGCAUUAUUCACAUCUCAAGAAUGCUUCCUUGACAACCUUCAAUGGACUAGGGUGCUCGAAAGUGCUGUUAUUACACAAGAUACAUUCUCCGAUAGGUCCCGCCUCGGCGUGACCCUCAUGACCUUCAUGACCAGGAUCCCGGGUCUUGCGCUGAUGACGUUUGAAUUGUUAUCAGCAGAUACGUGCCUCCAGACAGCUGAACUUCAAGCUGGGGUAGCGAAAUUGCGUUCCCUCCGAUCUGCCAUCAUUGCUUGGCGCCGUAGCUUCAACACAACGCUUCUGGCCGCCGUGGACGUCCAUCACACGGCAAAGGACGAGACCGGCAAGCGCUAUGAACUGCUUGCAAUAGCUAUUGUUCUCCAUAUCCUCACUACUCGCAUGCUACUAUGCAUCUCGCCCAACGAGCGAGAGUUCCUCGAGGAGGAAGUACAAAGCCAGGCCGCGGAGCUUAAAGGGAUCCAGGUGUCUGUAGCUGGGAAGCAUGGCCGUGCGGCGUUUUUAAUCUCACAAAAGGCGAUGACAGCAGAUGCGACCAUCGCCACGCACUCUGACUUCCAAGAGUCCGUAGGUACUGGGAGACUAGUGGAACCUUGGAAAUUGGCGAAAUUUUUGGAACUGGCUAAGAAGAAGGAAAUAUGA